UGCUCUGUGAACUGGAGUCCAUUGGGGAAGCAUGCCAUCCAUGGGGUGAACAAUGUGACAUUCAGCCACCUCUCCUGUGACAGCCAGGCUGCUGUGGUGGUCCACUGGAUGCCCAGCCCUCUAGGUAUGCAUUACGCAUUUAAAUUCUUCCAUAUGAUAAAAGAGAGUCGUUAUACAGACUAGAGAUCAAUGGGAAAAUCUAAUCCAGUGUCUGUGAGGUUAGAUAUGAGCAGUCAUUCCUAGUGAGUGGAAAUCCGUGUCUAGAAGUUAGUGGUUAAAUGUUUCUACCAAGAUUGUUUUGGAUAGAUCAUAUUACAUCUGGGAGACACUAUAACAUUUGAAAACCUCGGUAUGUGUGUGGGGAGACACGUGUGCUUCCUACACCUGGUUGCACACAGGAGUCAUUUAUGUUUCCCCCAGUAGGCUUACUCUGCUACCCUGACAGUCACAGAUCUGCCCCUCAGGGGGAAGGGAGGAGGAAGGGAUCCAUAUCCUACACAACAACCCUGUGAUUUGUCUGUGAAGAAAUGUGUGUGCGUGCGCACGCACUGUGUGUGUUUUGUCUUAAGUGUCUCUGUUUGCACGCAAUAUGUGCAUGCCUGUGUGUGUGACAGAGAGAGAGAGAGAGAGACUGACAGAAAGGAGGCUUCCUCCUCUUCUGUCUACUGAGGCGUUGCUGAAGCCUUGGCUGAUCCUCAGGGCAAUGUAGCCUGUUGUUCUCUAGGACAGGGGCACCACUGCUCAGGUAGAAGGUCAAAGAAAGAAGGGGGAAAAUUAAAUAAAAGGGCAGAAGAGAGAGAAAGAAAGAGAGAGCUGAAGCUACUGACGCCGGGAAAAAAACAUGCCUGAAGACAGCCCAACCUGUCUGACAGCUUUUUCCUUCCAGUUUUUUCUCUCUCCUCUGUGUUUGUCUGUUGACGGUGAUGCUGAUGGUAUCUGUGUGGCGGUAGAGGUAGAAGAGGUGAAGGACAGAGAGAAGAGGAGGAGGAGGAGGAAAGAGGAGGUGUGGAGUUACAGCCACCACAAAGAGGAGGCUCUUUCAGCUUCAAAGCGUGCACACACACAAACACACACACACACACACACACAGAGCCUCCUCUCCCCACAGAAGGUAAUAGAAGCCACAGGGAAUGUGUGUUUUCUGCCUCUGCUGCUGCCUUGGACUGAUAAGGCAGAAAUGUAAUUAACGGGGAGGUGCGCUGGCACACUUUGAAGGGCACGGGAAUGCUUCCUUGGCACGCAGACACCCUCCCUCUUGUCCUCUGCAUACCUGGGUUCAAAUACGAUUCAAAAUAUAUUUUAAAUGCUUAGCUGUGCUUGCUUGAGCUUGCCUGUUGCUAUGAAUCAAUAGAGAAGUCCUAAAAGUGCAAAUCCUGCCUGCCUGGCACUCCAGACAGGCUAAAACAAACACUCAAAGUAUUUGAAAGAUUUAAAAUAGUAUCUGAACCCAGGUGGGGUCCUCUGCCAGGGCACAGCACAGCCUCUCUCCCCUGCCAGCUCAUAUUAUGGUCUCUCAUAAAAACGUGUUUGAUACUAUGCCCUUACCUCAAGCGUGUGUGAGCAUGACUAGCUAAUGUGUGUGGACUCCUACUUACUUCACAAACAACAUCCGCUUCAUAAUUAGGAUAUACAGUAUCUUAAAAGGUUUCCUCACAAUAUUUGUACUUCGGUCAUGUUUUGGCCUAAAUCCCUCCCUUUCCAGUUCUUAUUCAUUGUUUUGGGCCCCAGUUAAUAUUGUUUGUUUGUGAUUUACGUAAGUUACCCUAGAAAUGAAAUUACAGUUGCUAACGGUAGAGGACAUAUUGUGACCUUGGGUUCUAUCUGACAUUUUGGUAAAAUAAGUAUUCAUCUCCCUUGGCGUUUUUCCUAUUUUGUUGCAUUACAACCUGUAAUUUAAAUUGAUUUUUAUUUGGAUUUCAUGUAAUGGACAUACACAAAAUAGUCGAAAUUGGUGAUGUGAAAUUAAAAAAAUUACUUGUUUAAAAAAAUUCAAAAGAAUACAUAACGUAAAAGUGUUGCGUGCAUAUGUUUUCACCCUCUUUGCUAUGAAGCCCCUAAGUAAGAUCUGGUGCAACCUUCAGAAGUCACAUAAUUAGUUAAAUAAAUUCCACCUGUGUGCAAUCUAAGUGUCACAUGAUCUGUCACAUGAUCUCAGUAUAUAUACACCUGUUCUGAAAUGCCCCAGAGUCUGCAACACCACCAAGCAAGCGGCACCAUGAAGACCAAGGAGCUCUCCAAACAGGUCAGGGACAAAGUUGUGGAGAAGUACAGAUCAAGGUUGGGUUAUAAAAACAUCUGAAACUUUGAACAUCCCACAGAGCACCAUUAAAUCCAUUAUUAAAACAUUGAAAGAAUAUGGCAUCACAACAAACCUGCUACGAGAGGGCCACCCACCAAAAUUCACGGACCAGGCAAGGAGGGCAUUAAUCAGAGAGGCAACAAAGAGACUAAAGAUAACCCUGAAGGAGCUGCAAAGCACCACAGCGGAGAUUGGAGUAUCUGUCAAUAGCACCACUUUAAGCCGUACACUCCACAGAGCUGGGCUUUACGGAAGAGUGGCCAGAAAAAAGCCAUUGCUUAAAGAAAGAAAUAAGCAAACCCGUUUGUUGUUCGCCAAAAGGCAUGUGGGAGACUCCCCAAACAUAUGGAAGAAGGUACUCUGGUCAGAUGAGACUAACAUUGAGCUUUUUGGCCAUCAAGAAAAACGCUGUGUCUGGCGCAAACCCAACACCUCUCAUCACCCCGAGAACACCAUCCCCACAGUGAAGCAUGGUGGUGGCAGCAUCAUGCUGUGGGGAUGUUUUUAAUCGGCAGGGACUGGGAAACUGGUCAGAAUUGAAGGAAUGAUGGAUGAGGGAAACCUGUUUCAGUCUUCCAGAGAUUUGAGACUGGGACGGAGGUUCACCUUCCAGCAGGACAAUGACCCUAAGCAUACUGCUAAAGUAACACUUGAGUGGUUUAAGGGGAAACAUUGAAAUGUCUUGGAAUGGUUUAGUCAAAGCCCAGACCUCAAUCCAAUUGAGAAUCUGUGGUAUGACUUAAAGAUUGCUGUACACCAGCGGAACCCAUCCAACUUGAAGGAGCUGGAGCAGUUUUGCCUUGAAGAAUAGACAAAAAUCCCAGUGGCUAGAUGUGCCAAGCUUAUAGAGACAUACCCCAAGAGACUUGCAGAUGUAAUUGCAUUUGCGGGGGCGGGGGGGUGGGUGAAUAGUUACGCACGCUAAGGUUUUCAGUUUUUUUGUGUUAUUUCUUGUUUGUUUCACCCCAAAACAUAUUUUGCAUCUUCAAAGUGCAAAUAAAUUCCAUGUGUGUGAAGGCCAAAUGGAAAAGCCAAGGGGGGUGAACCUUAGUGGCGCAUGGUCUAAGGCACUGCAUCGCAGUGCUACUGUUGCCACUAGAUCCUGGUUUCGAUCAGGCUCUGUGGCCCAGCGGCCCUAGCCGGGGCCUCAUGGGCGGCUAGACAAGGACCAGGUCGACCAGUUGUGGGAGUGAAAGUUGGGCAGAUUUACUCAAGUUCAUAGAAAUGCGUUGGCAACGCAGGUACGUGGGGGCCCCAUGGGGGGGGCAUAUAAGGCAAAAAAAAAAGAUACCUUGCAGCAAACCGUUUUCCAAGGCAUGUGGAGACUCCCAAAAUAAUGGAAGGAAGGUACUCUGGUCAGAAUGAGACUAACAUUGAGCUUUUGGCCAUCAAGACCAGGUUGUAAGGCAACAAAAUAGGAAAAAUGCAAGGGGGGUGAAUACUUUCGCAAGCCACUGUAUAGGUUGAAUUUGUCCCAAUACUUUUUGUCCCCUACUGUUGGGGGGACUAUGUACAAAAAUGUCUAAACGGUUCACCCAAUAUGGAUGAAAAUGCGCUCAAUUUAAAGCUGACAGUCUGCACUUUAACCUCAUAGUCAUUUUAUCAUUUCAAAUCCAAAGUGCUGGAACACAGAGCCAAAACAACAAAAAAUGUGUCACUGUCCCAAUACUUUUGGAGCUCUUUGUAUGUCAGAUUUGUAAAAAUAAAUUGUUUACCUUAUUUACAUAAGUAUUCAGACCCUUUGCUAUGAGACUUGAAAUUGAGCUCUGGAGCAUCCUGUUUCCAUUGAUCAUCCUUGAGAUGUUUCUACAACUUGAUUGGAGUCCACCUGUGGUAAAUUCAAUUGAUUGGACAUGAUUUGGAAAGGCACACACCUGUCUAUAUAAGGUCCCACAGUUGACACUGCAUGUCAGAGCAAAUACCACGCCAUCAGGUCGAAGGAAUUGUCCGUAGAGCUCCGAGGCAGGAUUGUGUCAAGGCACAGAUCUGGGAAAGGGUACCAAAACAUUUCUGCAGCAAGGUCCCCAAGAACACAGUGGCCUCCUUCAUUCUUAAAUGGAAGAAGUUUGGAACCACCAACACUCUUCCUAGAGCUGGCUGCCUGGCCAAACUGAGCAAUCGGGGGAGAAGGGCCUUGAUCAGGGAGGUGACCAAGAACCCGAUGGUCACUAUGACAGAGCUUCAGAGUUCCUCUGUGGAGAUGGGAGAACCUUCCAGAAGGACAACGAUCUCUGCAGCACUCCACCAAUCAGGCCUUUAUGGUAGAGUGGCCAGACGGAAGCCACUCCUCAGUAAAUUGCACAUGACAGCCCGCUUGGAGUUUGCCAAAAGGCACCUAAAGGACUCUCAGACCAUGGGAAACAAGAUUCUCUGUUCUGAUGAAACCAAGAUUGAACUCUUUGGCUUGAAUGCCAAGCGUCACGUCUGGAGGAAUCCUGGCACCAUCCCUACGGUGAAGCAUGGUGGUGGCAGCAUCAUGCUGUGGGGAUGUUUUUCAGCGGCAGGGACUGGGAGACUAGUCAGGAUCGAGGGAAAGAUGAACGGAGCAAAGUACAGAGAGAUCCUUGAUGAAAAGCUGCUCCAGAGCGCUCAGGAACUCAGACUGGGGUGAAGGUUCACCUUCCAAUAGCACAACGACCCUAAGCACACAGCCAAGACAACGCAGAAGUGGCUUUGGGACAAGUCUCUGAAUGUCCUUGAGUGGCCCAGCCAGAGCACGGACUUGAACCCGAUCUAAAAUCUCUAGAGAGACCUGAAAAUAGCUGUGCAGUGACGCUCCCCAUCCAACCUGACAGAGCUUGAGAGGAUCUGCAGAGAAGAAUGGGAGAAACUCCCCAAAUACACGUGUGCCAAGCUUGUAGCGUCAUACACAAGAAGACUCGAGGCUGUAAUUGCUGCCAAAGGUGCUUUAACAAAGUACUGAGUAAAGGGUCUGAAUGUGAUAUUUCAGUUUUUCUAAAUGUCUAAAAAACUGUUUUUGCUUUGACAUUGAGGUAUUGUGUGUAGAUUGAUGAGGGGAAUAAAUAAAAAAAAUCAAUUUUUAGAAUAAGGCUGUAAUGUAACCAAAUGUGGAAAAAGUCAAGGGGUCUGAAUACUCUCUGAAUGCACUGUAAGUGUUACUUUGACCCUGUUCUUGCCUAGUAAUCUAUAGGCCUACAUAGGCUACUGUAAAAUGCAUUUGAGGUUUUCUUGGAAUAGAAACACCAUAAUAUUAAUCAAAUUAAUUAAGCUAAAAUAUCAGAAAUUCAUUUUAAGGAAUAAAGGCCAGGAUCAUCUUAUUUUCAUAAUCAAAGAGAAUAUCUUACAUAAUCUCAAACUGCAGCGGUCAAAUGAUGUGUGCAAAGAAGCAAGCACCAAGAGAGAAAAACACGUGUGAAAGCUUAUUUUACAUAAAGAAUAUUAGUGGUACUAUAGCCAUAAUAUCACAAGAGAAUUGAGAAUGGAACAAGAAUUGAAUGAGUCACAUUUGAAUUGAAACGACCGAAUGUCGGCCUUUAACCAUCCAAAUAUUUUAUACAAUAUUCUGCCCUUAUUUCUAUUUUUGAAGGACUUGUAUUAACGGAUGUUUUAGGUACAGUAGGCUAUAGGCCUACAUAGGCAACUGUAAAAUGCAUUUAGUUAUAGAAACAUACAAAAUUCAUUAAUAUUAUAGAAACACCAUAAUAUUAAUCAAUUCAAUUGACCCCACUGGUGGUUUGAUCGAGCAUUAACGGCAAGCACGUAAAGCACUGGACCAUACCACAGCAUACCGCACACUAUACUGCUGUAUGACUCAACUUUUAAUUGAGGACCUUCUGUUUAUGAUAUGUGGGGGAUAGUGUCAUGGGUGUGGUAGUGUUUGUGGUGAUGUUUUGCUGUAAUCUGACAUGGGUGCAUUUUUGUCAGCGAUUGAAUGUGUAAUUGUUGUUUCUAUUCAGGUAUUGAACGUGUGUAUUGUCUGUGUGUGUCAUUCUGUCCAGGUAUUGAGCAUGUGAAGGGCUUCAGAGUAUACCUGGAGGAUAAGAACCCAGAGAGGAAACAGUGUCAACACGUGAUCCUCAAAGACCCACGACAGCUCAACUUCUCCUACAAGAAUGUGGUAAGUCUGACCAAAGACACAGCUAACAGGGUUUUUUUUCUUCCAUGCACCUGGAGGUAAGGUGUGAGAACUAGCUUAGUUUCCUGUCAGAUUUCUCUGAAAUAUAAAAUGCACAAUAAGACAAGCUCAAGUCUUACCAGGUUAUGUGUUUGGGUGCUGUAGCCCUUCAAAGACUUGAUGACCGAAACACAUCUAUUGUGACUGCUGAUAAUAAAUCAAAGUAAUAUGAAGAAAAAAAAUGGCUGACUUUUCCCCUGAAGUAUGCCUUGUUAUUCCCUGACAGAAGAUGAGCUCACAGGCCUUCCCUGGCCUGGCUUUCGAGACAGACUACAUGGUCCGCAUUGUUCCCUUCCCCACCUUCAUGAACGACAGCUUCUUCCCCCCAUCCUUCCUGCGUACAAACUGUAAGUGGAAUGCAGCUCAAACUGCAGGCCCUAGUUGUAGGCUAUAACUAGAGCCCAGAGUUAAGUCACUACCACCAACUUUAAGUGGAAUAUCAAUAAAGCCAGGACUAGGGACAGGAGUUUUUCUUGAUCUGAUCGGGAGGAAAACUCUUGGCCCUAUUGAUAACGUUGUAGCUAACAGUAAUUGUAAUAGUAGUGUAACUGUUGUUGAAGACUCCUGUUAUAACCUGUUGUCUUUCUUGUUUGUUUUCAGCCUGUGAAGUUCUACUGGGCCCAGACAACCUGGUCUGCAAACCAUGUAAGUUAUCAAGUUUCCCAUAUCUGUGUAGUAAUGCUGUAGUUACUCUAGUAACAACAUUGUGUUAACAUGUAAUAUAUUGUGUAACAGUAAUAUUAUAUCCUAAUUGUUUUGUAAUUGCAUAGAAAUGGAGUUGAGUGAAAGCUACUGUUUAUUGAAAUACUGUUAUGAAAUAAUUUUGUGAAAAAUAAUGAUUAUGGAUGAAACCACCAGAAAUCCCUAUAAAUGCCCAUUUGCUCAUAUACAUGGUUUAAUGUCUGUCCUGUCCUGUCCUGUCUGUCUUGUCUGUCUUGUCUGUCUUGUCUGUCUGGACCAGUCUGGAAGCCCAAGACUCUCAACAUCUCCCAGCUGGGCUCCAACCUCCAUGUUGUCUUCGACCACGCCCCCUCAACCUUCGGCUUCGCCAUCUACUACCUGUACUACAAGCUACGACAGGAGGGACCCUUCAGGCUUAAACGCUGCAAACCAGUAAGAGCAGGAUUACAUUAUGUGAUGGCCACAUAGUUUUUACUGGUAAGGCGUCGCAAAGGGUGCUGAUCUGCCCCAAUGUCCAUAUAGUCUCAUUCAUUAUUAUCUUAAAGGUAAAAUCCGAGAUAAGCAUUCCUACCUACUCUGAGAUUUUUUUUAAAUAUGGACCCUGAGCUGCUUCUAAUGUGUUUCCCAGACAUUGAGGAGGAUAUAGUACGGUUAUGGUAUGUUGACGUGUCUUGGCCUCGGCCCCUUUCUACCGGGCCCCUACCGGCUGGGCCUCUCUCUGACAUCCUAUGACCGCCUGGGACACAUCCAUGGACUAUCCUACUUUCACUCAGUCAGUCAGUGACAGUCAGAAGCACUCUGAGGUAGACCAGGGUUUACAUGCUAUUUGAAAUCAUUUCAAAUACUUUACCUGUGCUUGGUUUAAGUUUACCUGUUGAAAUCGAACCAUUAGAAAAGUCCCAAAGGUGCAAACCCUGACCAUCUGACAGGCUAAAGCAAAAGCAAAUCAUAUUUGAAAGGAUGUGUUUGAACCCAAGUCUGGUCAGACCCACUCUGAGUUCCUGAAGAUUUUCCCAGCAGAACAUAACUUCAUUAUUCAGGGCUGGAGGAGAGAAGAGUCUCUCUCUCUCAUAUGUUGCCAGAACAGACAUCACUUUGUAUCCAGGAUGCAUAGUUUUAGCUGUGGAGAGAAAGAGUAAAGCAUAUAAUCUCCCCUGUUCCUCCUAUAGUCAGUCAAGUCUUCUAGCUGGCCCUGCGCUACUCGUUCUGUCUUUGAACAAUGAUAAAAGCCCCCCUAGCUAGCUCUAGAUCUCAAUUCAGAUACUCUCUUCUCACAUACUGUGUUUAGAAACGGGACCUGCUUAGGUCAUCAACAAUGUGAUUGGUUAAGAGGUGAAAAAAUAAACUAUUAUGAUGUCAGUAUUCCAAACCCUCAGUCAGAAAUGCAUGAGACUCCUCAGCUCUGGGCAUUGUAUCACUACAGAAACAGCAUGAUAAUAAUGCACUCUUCUACUCUAUUUUUGCAAAGGAGUUUAAUCUGCCCAUAACAACAUGCGUUCUUCAAGAUGUGAUACCAGGAACCUAUGCGAUUGAGGUAAAGAUUGAUUCUCAUGACUCUGGCUAAAAGUAGUAGACUAUAGGAAAUAAUAAGGUGCUAUUGUGGACGCACCACUGAUAUAAACCAUGAAAAAAACCAAAUAAGCCAUCUCUGCUGACUCAUAUUUCCUUCCAUACGUCUUUUGUCCUUCAGCUGAGAGAUGACACCAACAUUACCAGAAGACAGGCCCAGUACCACGUAAGCCAAGGUGAGCUGAGCUGCCUGCUACUAGCUAACAUCACAGUCUUGCAUCUGGACUGACACCCUCUUACUAAACUCACAUUACAUUACAUAAGCCUGGAUGACUGGGGAGUUGCCCAAGUCUUCUAGGUGUUUAUGUUCACUUUGAUGAGUAAAAGCAAAUGGACAAUUCUUUGGAAAUGUAUUUGCUUGUUUGUACAUGUCUUUCUGUCUGUUGUCCGUGUCAGUCCACUCCCCGUGGGCAGGUCCUAUCAGAGCCAUGGCCAUCACUGUCCCUCUAGUCAUCAUGUCUGCCUUCGCUACACUCUUCACUGUAAUGUGCCGGAAGAAACAACAAGGUACUUUUCUUUAUUCAUAAUAAUAAAACGUUUUACAUUCAGGGCUCUAUUUUCGGCUGGCAUUAAGCCAGUGCAAUUGUCAAAUGCAAUUUUGACCUGUUAAAGCUGGCACUCUUCUAUUUUCAACCCCUAGCACCACGAUUGGUAAUUUACCAGUCUUAUAUGAGCUCGCUUGCGCUGAGGUGGGAUGGGUGGCAAUGUCUGAGGUGUGUCCUUAAAAACAUGCGCCAAAGUGCCAAUUUCAGUAUACGCUGGUGGGGAUAUUUAAGACCAACCAAAAGCUGGUCUUAGCGGUAACGUGGUUGGUUAUGGUGUGGAUUUUGACAGUGGAAGCGCAGCCUAUCCAGCCGUGACGUACAAUGCCCAUAUGCACAUGGAACAAGAGAGAUGUGCUUUUUGUGCACAUAACCCUUGUAUUUAGAAACAUAAAAAACAAAUGUUUUUUUCCCAUUUUGUUUUAUUUGAUUAUAAACCAAGCAUAGCCUCCCCUCCUCUCAAUGAAGUCAGUUUUUUUUGUCAUGCCCACUGCAUUCGCCAAGUAGUCAAGACUAUCGAUAAAGCGUUUGGCUCGUGAGACUGCAUUGAAAUAAUUCUUAAUCACCAAAGCUGUAUUAAAAGAUCAAGUUUGGCAGCAGCAAAACAGUGAGUGGACAUCCCCUUUUUAUCUAUGUAGGCUAUUGCAUUAUUUUAGCCAGCUCGUUAUUAUUUUUGGAUGUGCGUAGAAAACCCUCCAUGUAGGCUAUAUGCCCAUCAUGGAACGAGAAAUUAGAUAAUCCGGUGACACUAGUAUUUAGAAACAUUUAACUUAUUUUCCUAUAACAAUUGCUUGUUUUCCAUUUUGUUUCAUUAAAACAGCCCUUUGUAGGCUAGUAGGCUACUAGAACGAAAGCUGGAUCAACAGCAAUCCGUCAGGUGUUCUUCUUAUCCUGGACAUGGAUUAGCCAAGUAGCCUAUCCAUAAAAGUUUUUAAAAUUGUCUACUUGUGAGGCUUUUGACAACAUGCUUUUGCAUUAUUCACAAUUCACAUAGGCCUACUUGCAGUGCAUACUCCAAUUCGGCUUGGAUCCAUCCCAUUUCCAAAGAGCGCCUCCUGUUCCAUUACCAAAGAUGUGCUCCUUCAAACAAAGGCUAUAAAAAAAUGUCAAAGUCAAAGUCCUAUAAUAUCAAUUGUAGGCCUAGGCUACAGUAUAUCUUGCCUAUUGAGAACGUUACGUGCCUCACACAUACAAUAGAAUUUACAGGAGCCUAGUAUUUUUAUUUGAGGAGAUGCCUAAAGGUCUACACUCGUUGAAGCCAAUUAGCCAAUUACAACAAUAUUGACUGUCAACACUCCAAAGAUAUUGAGCAAACACUAGAUGUUAUUUUUUUUACUAUUGCUAUCACUCAUUACUGUAGCCUAUGCUUUUUAAUAAACUUUAGCAGCCUAUCAGUCCACAAUGGACUAGGAUGAGAAUAUUUCGUGCCCCCAGCCGAAUUGGAGUUGAUGACAACGCAAAGACCAUCAAUAACCUACCGAACUUGAGACAAAUGCAUGCAGUAUUAAGCCAUGAAAUGCCUUGAUUGGCCAAUGAGUGGCCAAGCCCUCGUCACACCUACAACUUGUUUAUUCAUCAAAACCCAUCCCUUUCACACCACAGUCAGCUAUUGUGCUCAUAAUAACGGCUGUUAAAAUAGCAAAAAUAUUUCUGACACACCCCUGGACCUAUAGCGCUACCACCAGCACUUAGAUUUACCACCGAGUGGCGCAGUGGUCUAAGGCACUGCAUCGCAGUGCUAGCUGUGCCACUAGAGAUCCUGGUUCGAAUCCAGGCUCUGUCGUAGCCGGCCGCGACCGGGAGACCCAUGGGGCGGCGCACAAUUGGACCCUGCGUCUUCCAGGGUAGGGGAGGGAAUGGCCGGCAGGGAUGUAGCUCAGUUCGUAGAGCAUGGCGUUUGCAACGGGGGGCCAGUAUGAAAUAAAUAAAAAAUAAUGUAUGCACUCACUAACUGUAAGUCGCUCUGGAUAAGAGCGUCUGCUAAAUGACUAAAAUGUAAAUGUAAACGUUUGUUAAAAAAGAGCCCCUCAGUCUACAUUCUGUCUAUUUACGGAAUCUACCUUUUAAAAAAAUCAGUAUUCCAACAUUUACAAAUAUUAGUAGACGUUUAGUAGAAUAGGCCAAUGCAUUUCCCUUCAUCUUUCUUUAUUGUAUUCAUAUUGUAUUAAUACUGUAUAUUGUGUUGUACCUAUCGAUCUGUGCAGAGAAUAUCUACUCCCAUCUGGAUGAGGAGAGCUCUGAGUCAUCGUCACACACCACAGCUCUGAAUGCAGACAGACCCUGGCCCCGGACUAAGGUGUUUGUCUGCUACUCCUCCAAGGACUGCCUCAAACACCUCACAGUCAUACAGAGCUUUGCCUUCUUCCUCCAGGACUUCUGUGGUUGUGAGGUAGGAACUAACCUUCCAAAAUAAUGCUCCUUCAAGCACAAAACCUUUUUAGCUAGGUUAUAGCUCCUCAGCUUAGCUCUAUUAAGGGUUGGCUCAGGCCAGAGAAUUGAAUGUGAUGGAGGUUGGGGUUGGGAAUGGAAAUCAGGAGUGUGUGUUUUGUGCCACCUGCUGGUUGAUCCCAUGAAGUGUGUGACUUCAUAGUUGUUGAAUUAGUAGUAGCAGCAGCAUAUAUUUGAUAGGAAUGGCUCAGUAACAGUCUCGUCCACCAGCCUGAUCUGAUGAGUUUAGCUCAGUACAUGCUCAAAAAUAGUAUUACUAUUCUGUAUUAUAUUAUAUUAACCCAUAAUAGUAACAAUGAUGACAAUAUACAAUCGGAAUCUGAGUACGUCUGUAUGUGGUUGUGUUAGCACUGGCGGUGAUAUUAUAGUUUAACCCCUCCCCAUUCCAUCCCCCUGUUCCUAUUUUAUAUCCCAGGUGACUCUGGACCUGUGGGAGCACCUGCAGAUCUGUAAGGAGGGGCAGAUGACCUGGCUGAGCCGGCAGAUUGACGAGGCUCACUACAUCAUCACUGUCUGCUCCAAGGGCCUCAAGUACUAUAUAGAGAAGAAGAGCCGCAGGGGGAAAUCACCAGCCAGAACUAGUGGAGGUGAUUGAUAGGUUUAUUUUUGACUGAUUGUUUGAUUGAUUAUAUUUAUUUGACAAUUGAAAACCAAAAGUGUCCAAAACAUUGUCAGACCUCUACUGCGUUAACAACGGCAGUUACAACGGGUGUCCUUUUGGUUAUGUUAAGUUGAAUAAAUACAUAUACAGCCAGUACAUGCAUUUUAAAAAACGAUCAAGGAUAACACAAUAAAGUCACUGACUUAAUUGUUCAUUGUUUUUUUUGGGGUGUAGGAGGAGGAGCAGCAAACGGAUCAGAGCUCUUCAUUGUCGCCGUGGCCAUGAUUGCUGAGAAGCUCUGUGAGGCGCGCCAGAAAGACCAGGACCUGUCUCGCUUUAUGGCCGUCUACUUCGACUACUCCCACGAGAGCGACAUCCCGACUAUGCUGAGCCUCGCUCCCAGGUUCAAGCUCAUGAACCAGCUCCCUCAGAUGUUCAGCCGCCUCCACUCCCGCCAGCUCAGUUUACCGGAACGCCAGCCACAGCCGCUCAACAUCAGCAAGAGGAACUACUUCCGGAGCAAGUCGGGGCGGUCUCUAUACGUGGCCAUCUGCAACAUGCACCAGCACAUCUCGUUGGAGCCUGAUUGGUUCGAGAGGCAGCUGAAACCCGCUCCACCGCGCCUCCGAAGCAACGUGACACUGCCGGAGCGUCAUCGUCAUCAUCAUCAUCAUCGCCUCACAUGGAGAAGUUUGACUCUGGGCUGGUGCUCAACGAGGUUCUGUUUAAGUUGCCAUCAGAAAGCGAGGGUUACUCUGAAGAGGAACGUGCUGCUCACGUCUCUCCCUCCCAGCCUCAGCCUGGCCCACUGUUCCCUGGACAGACCUCACAUGGAGAAGUUUGACUCUGGGCUGGUGCUCAACGAGGUUCUGUUUAAGUUGCCAUCAGAAAGCGAGGGUACUCUGAAGAGGAACGUGCUGCUCACGUCUCUCCCUCCCAGCCUCAGCCUGGCCUUCUCUCAGGGGAAAACUGGGGGCACAUCAGGGGCCUCAUCUGGUUUGGGACCUCUGGGUCUGGGGUCUCUGAGGCCUGUCGUCCCUUCCCAGGAUGGAGACGGGUCAGCCAGUCCCCCAGAGAUGCCCCGGGACUCUGGGAUCUAUGAUUCCUCAGUGCCCUCAUCUGAGCUGUCCAUCCCCCUCAUGGAGGGCAUGUCACCUGACCAGGCUGACUCCUCCUCCCUGGCCGACAGCGAAUCAUCUUCUUCCGGACUGGGUAAGAGACCAAUGAUGUUGUAUGUCUAAAAAUGCCUACAAUUAUAUAUGACAUUUUCACUUGCUAAAUAGUAAGUGGUCAUGAACCAUAAGUCAAAUUGAGAAUGAGUCAGAUUUGAAGCCCUAUGCCUAAAUAUGCCUGAAAUUAUGCUGUAUGACAUUUUCACAUUUAAAUACAGUAGGACUGAUAAUGAACCAUGAGUCAGAUUAAGAAUGAGUCAUUUGAAUCGGAUUCGGAGAUGAUUCAGUCAGAUGAGUCAGAGUGACAUCAUUUCAGACAUAUUUGUUAAUCCACUCCUUACUCAUCUCCACCACUGGUUGUUUCUAUUCCACCAUUAGUACCAUUUAGGGUUGCAAAACUACCGUUAAUUUAACAAAGUUACCGUAAUCUUCUGUCAUUUUGGUAAUUAGCAGGUAAUCAAUGGCCAUCUAUGGUAACUUUGGUAAUUUAUACUUGAAUAACUUUUUUUUUUAAAUAGUAUUAAUUGUUUAUAUAUGUGUCCAAAUUGUCCAUGAGUUUCUAGUGGAUAGACCAAAUGGUUCAAGAGAAAAUUGCCUAAUUAAUGAAAAAAGCAUCUAAUCAACAAUGGCAUUUUCAAUUAAGUCUGCAACUCUUCCAACUAUUGACUUUUUUCACAACUGCCACCAGUUUGUCACCAAAACAUAUACAUCAAAGACAUAUUGACAUAGUAAAAUAAAUAAAAGUGUGUCACAUUUUUUAAAAGGAUAUUUCCUGCUGAACCCUCAUAUUAAACACCAAUGGUGUUCUCUAGUGAAGUCCUGUGUUUGUUGUGUUGUGUUGUUGUGCCUCCUAACUAUUCUGAAUAUCUCUUAAAUCGUGUGUGUCUGUUAUCGCCAGGUGAUGAGGAGCCCCCUGCUGUCCGCUCUCUGCGCUGUGCCGUGCCCACCAUCUGUAAAGCUGAGCCACACCACCACCAUCUAGAGCAGUCUGAAGGACAGGGACUCACUCCUGUUGCUGUUCCUCCCUUG